GUGUGUAUGAGGUGAGCUGCACAGUAAUAGAUCACUACUCAGGUGGCAUGAGGCAGUGGUAUAAAGUUAAUGAGUGCCCAGGAAAAAAAGUAAAUCACAAAUACACAAAGCUGAACAAGACUGUGCGAUAUUUCAUCAGUGCUGAGGAAAUAGAGUGGGACUAUUCACCUAAGAGAGACUGGGAGCUGGAGAAACACCAUAGCACACCAAAGGACAGUCCAGGCAGCAUAUUUGUGGGAAAAGGAAAGAACAGAAUUGGCUCACGCUAUAAGAAGGUGGUGUAUAGAGAAUAUACUGAUGACACCUUCAGUGUUCAGAAGAAAAGGCAGCCCAACCAGCAGCAUUUGGAAAUUCUAGGGCCAAUAAUCAAAGCAGAAGUAGGAGAGCAGAUCGUGAUUAUAUUCAAGAACAAUGCCACCCGACCAUACUCAAUAACCACACAUGGCGUUAGGGCCAGCGGUGGACACAUUCCUGUCAAACCCGGCAACUUUAUUGAAGUAACUUGGGAUGUUCCUGAAAGCUCUGGUCCAGGGGUCACGGAUCCUAACUGUAUCUCUUAUAUCUACUACUCCACUGUUGACUUUGUUAUGGAUCUGUACAGCGGCCUUCUGGGGCCUCUGGUGAUAUGCAGGCCUGGGACUCUGAAGCGUGGGGAGGGUCCCGAUAGGGAGAGGAGUGACGUGGAGAGGGAGUUUGCACUGCUCUUUAUGGUGCAUGAUGAAAACAAGUCCUGGUAUUUGGGAGACAACAUCAGAACGUACCUUGGUCUCAACCCUGAGAACUUCACUCCAGAUGAAGAGUUUGAGGAGAGUAACAAGAUGCACGGGAUCAAUGGGAAGCUAUAUGGGAACCUCCAUGGAUUGGAGAUGACUCAGGGCCAGAAAGUUGACUGGUAUCUCAUCGGAAUGGGCAACGAAAUAGACAUGCACACUGUUCACUUUCAUGCAGAGACCUUUACUUACAAGACGGACCUUGUGCACCGUGCAGACGUCUUUGAUCUGUUCCCCGGGACCUUCCAGACUGUGGAGAUGGUGGCUGGAAACCCAGGCACAUGGUUGCUCCACUGUCAUGUGACUGACCAUAUCCAUGCUGGCAUGGAGACCACUUUCACCAUCAAAGUUCCAGAAAACUCCUCGCAUGGAACUAAAAGCUCCAUAAAGAUGCUGCUCUCGCUGUUUGUUCUACUGGCUAUAGGUUAAUGAUGAGGGACCUUGACAACAGAUUAUAUGUGUGGAUUAUAACAGUGGUCACUGAUGCACUUAUAAAACACGGAGUUGCUGUCACUUAUGUGUUUGAUUGAGAUCAUGUACAUAAAUAUCAAGCAUGGCCCAGGCCAGUUAAAUUAUAUAUACCACUUUACAAUCAUGUAUAAUGUUCAAGAUGACUUUAUGCAUUAGAAUGAAGGAAACAAAGCAUUUUACAGUUGGGAUUUGUUUCUGUUGCUGCUUUCUGUCAUAUUGCACUAUGUUGGCUUUUAUUUUUAUUUUUAUUUUAUUUUUUUUUUACUUCUGCUACCAAAUACUGGAUUUCAAGUAUGAAUGUGCAAUAAAAAAAAAACUUUUUCAGUUGCA